AUGGCCGCGCAGUCUGAUGGAAAGGGAGGGGGAGAAACGGGGGAGGGUGUGGGGGAGGGGGGGGUUGAUGGAGACACAGAGGAAGAAUGUCAGCCUCUGGACUCUGCAGCCAUCCACAUCUGUCUCUGCUGCCACUCUGCUGUCUGCUACUGGGGCUGUCGCUCCAACUGCCUGGGAAACCUGCUGGGGGAGGACACUACUGGGUAAGUGUGUGUGUGUGUGUGUGUGUGUGUAGUAUGAUAAUUGUCUCUGCUAUUCUCAUUUUAACCCUUUUACCAUUAUUAUUAUGCUCAUUAUUAUAGAAGGAUUGGGGGUACCAGAGUUGGCGGUGGUCGGGGUUUGAGGGAGACUCGCUGCCCGCCAGAGGAGGGUCUGUGGCUGGACUGUCUCUGGCUGAUCCUGGCUCUCCUCGUCUUCUUCUGGGACGUGGGAACAGACCUACUUCUCGCUGCGGACUACUAUGCCAGACAGGACUAUCUGUGGUUUGGCCUGACGCUCUUCCUGGUGCUGGUGCCGUCGAUAGUAGUUCAGAUCCUGAGCUUCCGCUGGUUCGUCCAGGACUACAGCGGAGAGUGUCUGACCACCUGGCUGGGGACGGUGGACUGCAGCAGGGGAGGAGAGAGAGAAAAGCUGACCAGGCGAGGGCCAGCUGGCCACAGAGGGGUUUAUCCUGGGACAGACCGGGUCAGAGUGGCCUCAGUAUGGCUGUGGCAGAUCACCAUACACAUUCUACAGCUGGGACAGGUCUGGAGGUAAGGACAGCGCAUGCCCCCCUGUUCUCUCCUCUCUUUUCAAUCAAUCAAAUUUCAAUCAAAUGUAUUUUAUAAAGCACUUUUUACAUCAGCAGUUGUCACAAAAUGCUUAUACAAUAGGCGAAAUGUGCCACCCAAUAUGUCCUACCCAAUAUUCAGAAUAGGUUGAUUCAUUCCCCCCAAUAAUUUCUUUAAAAUACAAAUAUUUGUUUUUAAAUUGGGUCGUGGGCCCCCCAGAUAGCAUAUGAACAUGGCAAAAAGCAAUGGCAAAAUGUGUAGAAUUCCUCUAUGAGGAAAUAGCAAGUAUUUUUGAAAAGGUCUGUUUGAGAUACAAGUGUGAGAUGGUUUUUUCAAAGUUUCUUUCUCCAAUUUAUGCUUUGGCCACAAAUACGAGUAUAGGAUGAGUCAACAACAUUAUUUGGGUAUGAGUUAACAGAAUAUUAACUUUUAAAAGUGGACAGUUACUUUAAAACUGCAAAAAUAUAUAUCUACCUCAUGGCAAAAUGUGAAGAAUAGCAUGAGAUGAGCUAUAAAACAGCACAUUUUUCUCUCUGCCCCAUGGAAAAAUUUGUAGAAUUGCAGGAAAUUAACUUUCAAACUGCUACAUUUUCUCUCAUCCUAAUGGCAAAAUGUGAAGAAUACCAUGAAAUGAGCUAUAAAACAGCACAUUUUUAUCUCUGCCCCAUGGAUAAAAUUGUAGAAUUGCAGGAAAUUAGCUUUAAAACUGCUAAAUGUUCUCAGACUCAUGAGAAAAUGUGUAGAAUAGCAUUAUAAAACUGCACAUUUUUCUCUCUGCCCCAUGGCAAAAGGUGUUGAAAUGCAGGAAGUCAUUUUUAUUUCACCUUUAUUUUAACUAGGCAAGUGAGUUAAGAACAAAUUCUUAUUUACAAUGACGGCCUACCCCGGCCAAACCAGGACGACGCUGGGCCAAACCCUUUUACAAUUAUGUUAGCACAGCUGAAAACUGUUGUGCUGAUUAAAGAAGCAAUAAAACUGAAGAUCUCGUACAACGCUGUGUACUACUCCCUUCACAGAACAGCGCAAACUGACUCUAACCAGAAUAGAAAGAGGAGUGGGAUGCCCCGGUGCACAACUGAGCAAGAGGACAAAUACAUUAGAGUGUCUAGUUUGAGAAACAGACGCCUCACAGGUCCUCAACUGGCAGCUUCAUUAAAUAGUACCCGCAAAACACCAGUCUCAACGUCAACAGUGAAGAGGCGACUCCGGGAUGCUGACCUUCUAGGCAGAGUUGCAAAGAAAAACCCAUAUCUCAGACUGGCCAAUAAAAAUAAAAGAUUAAGAUGGGCAAAAGAACACAGACACUGGAUAGAGGAAGAUUGGAAAAAAGUGUUAUGGACAGACAAAUCGAAGUUUGAGGUGUUCGGAUCACAAAGAAGAACAUUUGUGAGACGCAGACCAAAUGAAAAGAUGCUGGAGGAGUGCUUGAUGCAAUCUGUCAAGCAUGGUGGAGGCAAUGUGAUGGUCUGGGGGUGCUUUGGUGGUGGUAAAGUGGGAGAUUUGUACAGGGUAAAAGGGAUCUUGAAGAAGGAAGGCUAUCACUCCAUUUUGCAACGCCAUGCCAUACCCUGUGGACGGCGCUUGAUUGGAGCCAAUUUCCUCCUACAACAGGACAAUGACCCAAAGCACAGCUCCAAACUAUGCAAUAACUAUUUAGGGAAGAAGCAAUCAGCUGGUAUUCUGUCUAUAAUGGAGUGGCCGGCACAGUCACCGGAUCUCAACCCUAUUGAGCUGUUGUGGGAGCAGCUUGACCGUAUGGUAUGUAAGAAGUGCCCAUCAAGCCAAUCCAACUUGUGGGAGGUGCUUCAGGAAGCAUGGGUGAAAUCUCUUCAGAUUACCUCAACAAAUUAACAGCUAGAAUGCCAAAUGUCUGCAAGGUUGUAAUUGCUGCAAAUGGAGGAUUCUUUGACAAAAGCAAAGUUUGAAGGACACCAUUUUUUUUCUAUUAAAAAUCAUUAUUUCUAACCUUGUCAAUGACUACAUUUCCUAUUCAUUUUGCUAUAUUUCCUAUUCAAACUCAUUUAAUAUAUGUUUUCAUGGAAAACAAUGACAUUUCUAAGUGACCCCAAACAUUUGAAUGGUAGUGUGUAUAUUUUAUGUUUGGGGGGGUUGGGUGGCCUUCCACUUAUCCUUCCACUUAUGCUGUGUUUUCAAAAUACCCCUCCAUCCACUGUAUGGGGAAAUUAUUUUACACUUGCUGACAGACAAAUCAAUUGGGAGACAGUAUGGAAAAAUAUAUUUGGAUCAUCUAGAAACCCCAAUCACCAAUUAAUUAAUUAAAACAUUUGCCAUAGAACAUAUCUAACACCUCAAAAAAGAUAUCACAUGGGUAUUAGUCCAUCCCCAUUAUGUAAGUUCUGCACCACAGGGGACCUUGGUACUUUUCAGCAUGUGCUGUGGAAAUGCCCGGGAGUGGUUGAAUUCUGGGGGAAAGUCAACUGUCAUCUCUGUACUUAUAGAUAAAAUACUGCCAUUAGAUCCAAUAGUGAUGUUGCUUUGUGAUGACGCCAUGGAGAGUGUGGUUGGCAGGAACCACAGCUGCUAAGAAAAUGAUUGUACAAAGGUGGAUUCAACCUCAUCAGUUACCAUUGCAAAAAUGGCUGCUCCCAUUUAAGGAAAUUGUACUUAUGGAGCUCUCCACGGCCAGAAUCCACAGGGCCAAGGUGUCCACUCUGGACACAUGGAAUAAAGCAGCAGCGGACAUUUUUGAACUCUUAACCAACGGGCCUUUACAUCCAUGAAUGUGUAUCAAUAAUUUGUCACUAUUUCUGAGACUAUAUGAUGUAUUGUUCAGCAGAUUUACUAUGUAAUAUUAAUUAAUUUGUUUUUAUCUUAUGAUUUAUUUUACAUGCUAUCAGAUUGCCGGUGGGGGGGGGUGAAAAAAAUAUAUCUAUAAAUGUAUUGUAUGAAUCCUAUGAAUUGAAAUAAUAAAAACUUGAUGUAAAAAAUUUACAUACCCCUCCAUAUUCCCCUCAAAAUACCACUCAAGAGAGGCAUAAUAAGUCAUGUCAAACUGUGUAGAAUUGCAGGAAAUGUGUUUUAAAAUGUCAAAAAGAAAAUCAGGGGGUGGACCACCAGGGCCACCCGUCUACUGUUCAUCCCCCAAUAUCUACACCACAAUUUCGCCCUUGGCUUAUACAGAUACCCAGCCUAAAACUCCAAAGAGCAAGCAAUGCAGAAGCACAGCGGCUAGGAAAAACUCCCUAGAAAGGCAGGAACCUAGGAAGAAACCUAGAGAGGAACCAGGCUGCGAGGGGUGGCCAGUCCUCUUCUGGUUGUGCCUGGUGGAGAUUAUAGGAGUACAUGGCCAUUUAGGCCAUUCUCCUCACCUCUCCUCUUCUCUCCUCCCUUCACCUCUCCUCUUCUCUCCUCCCUUCACCUCUCCUCUUCUCUCCUCCCUUCACCUCUCCUCUUCUCUCCUCCCUUCACCUCUCCUCUUCUCUCCUCCCUUCACCUCUCCUCUUCUCUCCUCCCUUCACCUCUCCCAUUCUCUACUAUCUAAUGAGGUCCAUGUACUAGAUCACAUGUUAACCUCGCUGUGUGUGUACAGGUGGAGAACAAAAAGAAGAAAGAGCAUCUGCCGCUGACACAAACACACACACAAAAACGCAUGCACGCACACACUGGAAGUCAGUGAAGGAGGUGAUAUUUGGGAUGUGAAAUGUGAUUGGCUGGCCUGGAACUAAGAGAGUUGGUGUGACCGACUGGAUACUGAACACUGAAUGUAGUUACAAAAACAAACAUUUGUAGUUUAGCUACAGUAAGUAUUAGCUAGGCUACCCAAACCAUAGAUUCAAACCAUACACUAAAUGGCUUAUGUAAUUAGCAACGAAGGGCACAUUUGCAGAACAUGGGCAGAACCUGCACUGACCUGAAUAAAGCUUAUUUUUUUUCUCCAUUCAGUUAAAACAGUUUGAACCUAUUUGGGCUCAAUCGAUUUCUCUUGUGUUUUCUCUACACUCCCACUGUCUGACACAGCUAGCUAAUUAGCUGGAUAGCUAUCGUGAUAGCUAACUAGCUAGCAGAGCUGAUAGUCACAAGGCUAGUUAGCCAUCAGUCUAGAAAAACACUACAUCAAAAAAUCCUGACUGAACACCAAAGGUCAAAGGUAUGCCACUCCACUCGGAUAUCCUGUGUGUAUCCCCCCUCUCUUUCUCUCUCUCCUUCUCUCCCUCUCUCUGUCAGAUUAAUCUUUAAUGGCCUAGGUGCCUGAGGGAGAUGUUGAGUGGGUUUAAGAGCUGGUGUGUGUGUGUGUGUGUGUGAUGGGGAUUGGGAGGCAGUGAUCUGUGAAUGAGAGUCUCGAACACUGAACUGAGGAGCGUUUGGACCGUCCAGAAACGUUAGACCAAAAAUGCACUGAGCGGUCAAAUACAAGUUGGGCUGGGGGCUCUGACUGUAAGACUCCUGUAUGACUACUGUAUGCCUGUUUCACACACACACACACACCAGUGUGUGGUUUCUUGCAUGUUUUUUUAUAAAGGCCCACAGUGAAAACAACAACCCUGCCCCUCCCCCAUGGUGUGUGUCUGCAUGUGUGCGCACGUUUGUAACAAUCUCCCUAAUAGAGUCUUUCCCAGAGUGGUGUGUGUGUGGAAUGGUUCAGUCUGAUCACUGUGAGAUGGAGGGAGGGAGUAGAAUGGACAGAAAAAAGAGCUUGAACACGCAUAACAGAAGUGAAGGGGGGAGGGGAAGGAGGGAGUGAUGGAGAGUGAAAAGAUGGAUAGCGACAUACAGAUUCAACUCAAAUAAAUAGUUUCUCUCUCUUCUUCCUCUGUUGUGAUGCGGCAUCUUGCAGGUUUAUCUGGUGAAAUGUGUGUGUGUGUGCCUGCAUGCAUGUGUUUCUAUGUGGCCAGUGAAUUAUUGAUGUCGUAUGAAAUUAGCUCAUUUGAUGCAGCCCAGAUGGUUGUAUGAGCAUGUCAACGCACAUGCUCACACACACACAAACACACGAGAGAAACACAGACACACACUCACACGCACAGCCUGGGGCACUCAGUAUUUGAUCUAAUUCAUUCUACACAAACAGGCUCUAUCGCUCUCUCUCUCUCUCUCUCUCUGGGCCAUGAUGAGAUAUUACUCUGGCCAUAAUUAUUGACGUCUAACCUCUGACCCCCAGGUAUAUCCGUACAUUAUACCUGGGUAUCCAGUCCCACCGUAUGAAGGAGCAUAAGGAGGCUCAGAGGAGGUUCUACUGGGCCAUGAUGUUUGAGUACGCAGACGUCAACAUGCUGAGGCUACUGGAGACCUUCCUGGAGUCAGCUCCUCAACUAGUACUACAGCUCUGCAUUAUGAUACAACAGAACCGUGCUGAGACUCUACAGUGUACGUAUACACACACAGUUCACACACAGCACACACACACUCACUGGUCAACUAGUAUUACAGCUAUCAAGAUGAGUCACUCCCUCUCUCUCUCCCUAGGUAUAUCUAGUCUAGGCUCACUUCUGUCUCUAUCCUGGGUGUUGGCCUCGUACCACAAGCUCCUACGUGACUCCAGGGACGACCAGCGCAGUCUGAGUUAUCGCGGUGCCCUCCUCCACCUUCUCUGGCGCCUCCUCACCAUCUCCUCCCGCGUUCUCUCUCUCGCCCUCUUUGCAUCCCUCUUCCACCUGUACUUUGGCAUCUUCGUGGUGCUCCACUGGUGUGGCAUGGCGCUGUGGGUGGUGCAUGGAGGAACAGACUUCUGUAUGUCUCGCUGGGAGGAGGUGCUGUUUAACAUGGUGGUGGGCAUCGUCUACAUCUUCUGUUGGUUCAACGUCAAGGAAGGACACACCAGGGGACGCAUGGUGGCUUACUACUCUGUGGUACUGGCUGAGAAUACACUGCUCACCGGACUGUGGUAUGUAUAGGGACAGACAGACAGACAGACACACACCUACAGUAUGCGUUUUAUCUUCGAAUAGGUGUAUCUCUCAUGAAUGUACAGAGACAAAUGUGUGUGCGUGUAUAUCAUAACAGUUGUGUGUGUAUGUGUGUUACAGGUAUGUGUAUCGUGACCAUGCAGAGACAGACAGCUACGCGGUACCAGCGUUGUGUGGUGUCUACCUGUCCUUUGCAGGUGGAGUACUGGUGAUGCUUCUGUACUAUGGUCUUCUUCACCCCUCACGCACACACCCCACCCCGGCCUCGACCUGGUGUGAUGAGCUGCUGUGGAGUAACCCCCUGCCCCCCUCAGCCCCGCCCACCCCAGGUUACCUGGCUGCCCCGUCCCACAGUGAUGAUGUCAUUGCAGAAGGCUGUCUGCCGGUGUUCCAGGUGCGUUUGGAGCCCCCCACCUCAAGGCGUUUCGAGGGUCCUCUGAUAAAGAUUGACAUGCCCAGAAAACGUUACCCGGCCUGGGACGCUCACUACGUGGACAGACGGCUGCGAAGGACCAUCAACCUACUG